AUGACCGAUGUUCGUGAACUUACCCCUGAGUUCUUCUAUCUUCCGGAAUUCCUGGUGAACUCGAAUCAUUAUGACUUUGGUCUUCUUCAAAACAUGACCACUGCCAUCGACUCGGUUGAGUUGCCACCUUGGGCAAAAGGCGAUCCCAAGAUCUUCAUUGCAAAGCACCGGGAGGCACUUGAGAGUCCCUAUGUGUCCGAGAACCUCCAUCGCUGGAUUGAUCUUGUUUUUGGUAGUAAGCAAAAGGGCGAGGCAGCUGUCGAGUCUGUCAAUGUCUUCCACCACCUCUCAUACAAAGGUGCCAAAGACUUGGAUGCCAUUGAUGACCCAAUGGAACGGUUAGCCACCAUCGGCAUUAUUCACAACUUUGGGCAAACUCCUCACCAAAUCUUCCAACGACCUCAUGCGCAGAGGGAAGACCAACGGCACCGCAUACCCCGGUUGGAUACUCUUGCUGAAUCCCUGACACAAAUGCCUUUGUCUCUUCUCGACAUUGAAGAACGAGUGGUCACUCUAUCAAUGAAACAAGACCGUCUACUGUGUACCGCGGCCCUGAGGCUCAACGUGCCGCCAGCCUACGAUUACUACAUGGAAUGGGGAUUCUUCGAUGGCAGUGUUCGAUUCUACGCCGCCGAUACUCGCAAGCUGCUGGGCCACUUUGAGCACCUUCAUGUUGGCCAAUUGUCUCAUGCCAGCUUUGCGGAUUCACGCACGCUGGUCACCUGCGGUACGGACUGUACUAUCUCGUUAUGGACGGUCACUGCAACCUCAAAGUCUGUUGAUUUGCAGCCCAUUGGGUCGCUCUUUGGCCACCGAGCCCCAGUGGCUACCCUCGCCGUUUCGCGCUCCUUCAGUACUUUGUUGUCUGCCUCCAAUGACGGACAGGUUAUGCUAUGGGAUCUCAAUCGACGAUCUUUCGUGCGACUCCUUCCCGGCGACGGUGCGGUCGAUUGUGCUCGAAUCAACGAUGUGUCCGGAGACAUUAUGGUUUGUCGCGGUAAUCGCUUGACAUUAUAUACCCUCAAUGGCGUAUUGUUGGUUGACCAACCAAUCUGCGAGUCGGGCGACGAUCGCGUUUUGUCCUGCGUCUUCUACGAGGGUGUGCAGAAUGAAUGGCUGGAGCGUGAAUUGGUAUUGACAGGUCAUACUCGUGGUGUGGUCAAUAUCUGGAGCAAGACUAUUCGCGGUGACCGCUUUGAGCUGGAGUUGAUCCGACAGUUGCAUCAUACCGACAACAGUCGCGACAAUGGUGCCAAUAUCAGUGCCGGUAUCAGUUGUAUUUUGGCUCUUCCCCACGUGGUCUAUACGGGGGAUGAGGCCGGCCGAGUGUAUGAAUGGAACUGCAUCCAGCGCCGCUAA